UUUCCGCCUUGUUCUUUGUUUUUCAAACUGGUUCACAGUGUUUGCUGGAUCGUCGCUUUCACUUUACUCGUUGAUUCGUUGUUUGUCUCUGUUCGGUUUGGAUCAGGAUGGGGAAGUUCUGGACCCUGAUCACCCAGCUUCAUUCUCUUGCCGGGCCGGUGGUCACUUUAUUGUACCCUUUGUAUGCAUCGGUGAUCGCCAUGGAAAGCACGUCCAAGUUGGAUGAUGAACAGUGGCUUGCUUACUGGAUCCUAUACUCUUUCCUCACCCUUGCUGAAAUGGUUCUGCAACCAGUUCUGGAAUGGAUGCCAUUUUGGUACGACGUGAAGCUCGUAUUUGUGGCGUGGCUGGUUCUGCCACAGUUCAAAGGGGCUGCAUUCUUGUAUGAAAGGUUUGUGAGAGGACAUAUCAGGAAAUAUUUGACUGGGAGAGACAGCCACCACAGGUCACCCAAUGGUGGCAAGGCUAAGAAGUUUGUGGACUUCAUCAGCCACAAGAAAGGAGAUCAGGAAGCUUAUUGAUGGAGCCAUGCAUGCACAGCGAAAUGCUCAGUCUUCUCGCUUCAUCGGUUUCGCAUUUGCUCAGUCUUAAAUUUAAUACACUGUUAAAUAUGACUACUUGUUGACUCUGUUCACCCUCUUUGAUCAUGUAAUGCAAUGUAAUUUCCGACACACACGUGAAUUCUAUAUAUUCUCAUUGGUUUCUUGUUCAA